UCGACUUGUCUCAUCCCGAUUCCAGAAAAAAAGGACUCGCCCCUCUCAUCCCCAAGUUCUGCACCCCUCGGCCCCGCCGCACCUCUUUCCCGUUGAAAUCUCCCGAGAGCGUACGAUGGCUUCCAAGCCUACCCGCAUAGGAAAGUACUAUUACAAAAUUCCUGGCACAGUCAAGCUGCUAUUCGAGACACCCUCUGGCUUCGCAAUUUUCUCUUUUGAUGAGAAAUAUCUCAAGAAAAGUAUUGAGCACAUCUGGGUAUUCUUCGUGGGUAACUACUGGCACAAGAAUAUUGUCUGGCUCCAUGAAUUCCGAGCAUUCGAGGACAAGCCCAAUGUCUUUAACCUUACUGCCCAGACAAUAGACGUCAGCCUGGUCAAGAUGCUCGGGACGCACUGUGGCUUGGACGAGACACUAGUUGUUGGAAGCCGUGGAUAUAAAGACAUAAUAGAAAAAAGAAUGGGGCUGAAGUGUCUGUUUGAUGAUGCCGUGAAGGAGGUGAUGUGGGGUCUGCAGAAUCUCAUGCAUACUUUAGUGCCUCAAGAACAGUCUAAGAUUACUAAGGACGACCGGCUUCCCAUGAGCCUAGGAUUGAAUAUGGUCUUAAAUCGUUACAAAAUUAAUGUCACGCAAGAGAUGCUUAAUGAAUAUAUUAUUAAGAAGACUUCAAAAGUGUAUGCUACCGAUUUACGUGAAAAAGCUCAUCUGAAGUUCUUGCAUAGAAUGUUUGACGAGGAUUUUAAGGAGUUCUCUAAGGUUGAUAGCACGUACUGGACUUUAUCCAAAUUUGCAACAGCUCUGAAGAUAAUGUUUGAUCCUGAUGGAGCACUUAAAUUUGGUAAUCCUCACAAGAUGUUCUCACACGACGAGCUUUCAAUGAUUAAGCGUGAUGCACAUCUAUAUCAACAGAAGUUAAAUAAGGACCUUAUCUUGGCAGUCUACCAUAACACUGUUAUUUUUCGCGAGGGCAGGGCAGAAUUGCUGUACGAAUUGCGCUGCUUGGUUGAGCAGGCUAAAGCAGCACUAGAAACUGAAGAAGUGCAGGAGAAGCCUGCAACAGUGCAGCAGAAGCAAGUUGACCGCACAUGUGUAACAGUGGAUCUGGCAGUACCCAACCGAAGUAGCCUCGAUGAGGUACACCACUGUCGUUUUAGCUGAUCGUUUUAUAUGUUAAUUGUUCAUACAACUUUGCUGGGAUACCUCAUUCAGCACGAUGAUGAUUGAUUGCGCAUGUCCAGCCCUACCUUCAUGAAUCUUGCCAUCGUCAUGUGUUGAAGCGAGCCUGUCAUAGCAAACAACAGUAUUGUAUUUUCACAGCUUUUGAUAAACAUUAAUGUUGAUACACAUACGUUGAUACUAUCUGAUUUUCCUGCCUCCACAUCACCCCUUUUUCUCGACCAGUGGCUGUUUCCGUCGCGCAUGGAUUUCCCUACGAAUCCACUUCGUGGGCUGGAUAUACAGGGGCUAGACUUUGUGGGCUGGAUUUACAGGGGCCAGACUUUGUGGGCCGGACGUCGCUUCGCGACUCGCUCGUCGUUC